AUGUCGCCGCCGGCAGCGAAAGUUACGGUCCUCGAAAGAACUGAAGUCGCUCCUCCACCGGGGUCGGUGCCGGAAUCCUCUCUCCCUUUCACCAUCUUUGACAUAGUAUGGCUCUACGCUGGACCAGUUGAGCGCCUUUUCUUCUACCCUUUCCCCCACUCCCCUGGUCACUUCCUCGACUCCCUCCUCCCCACUCUCAAAUCCGCCCUCUCCCUCACUCUCCGAGACUUUUACCCACUGUCCGGCAAGAUCCGCCUCCACCCGGGUAGCCACGACAAGUACGAGCUACACUACGUCGAGGGCGACUCUGUUACCUUCACCGUCGUCGAGCACGAUGGGGACUUCGACGACCUCUCCGGACGCCCCGGAUGCGAGUACGCCAGGUUACUUCACUUGAUCCCCCAACUAGCUGACCCAGACGAUGGCCGGAGGCCGGUGACGGCCGUGCAAGUGACUCUGUUUCCCAACAGAGGCGUGGCUGUGGCCGUGACCGUCCACCACUCGGCGUGCGACGGCUCCAGCUCCACCAGAUUCAUCUCCUCCUGGGCUUCUAGAACCGCGGCAGGGUCAGGCAAGGCGAAGGCGGCGCCGGCUCCGGCUCCGGCGCUGCCCUUCUUCGACCGGACCACGAUUCCGAAUCCGAGCGAUUUGUACUCCAGGUUCUGCAGCAACUUUGCCAUCGAUGCGAAGUCGACCGAGUCAAUAAUGAUGAAUUUGGCUCCGCCGGGCUCGAUCCUCGGAAAAUUUACCAUUAACGCAGACCAGCUCCGGAGACUAAAGGAGAUGGCUUCCUCCAAGUCCAAGUACUCCUUCCACUGCUCCACCAUCGUGGUGACCUACGCGUACGCGUGGGUUUGCCUCGUUAGAUUGCGAGGAUACCCCGAGGAAAAGCAUCUCUACUUGGCGUUCCCCGGAGACUGCCGCCAUCGGUUGCAGCCGCCUCUCCCGGCGGAAUACUUCGGCAACUGUAUCGCCGGCUACUUCGUCGAGGCGAAGGCUGGCGACCUUGCGGGGGAAGACGGGUUUACGAUGGCAGCACGACUCGUCGGUGAAACCAUCGAAAGGCUCAAACAUGAUCCGCUAGAGGGCAUGGAUAACUGGCCGGAAAAGUACCGGAAAAUCGGGAUGCAACAGCCUUUUAGCGUCGCGGGGUCGCCGUGGUUCAAAGUUUACGACGUUGACUUCGGGUGGGGAAGGCCGGUAAAGGUCGACGUCCCGUCGAUCGCAUGGUUAGGAUCCAUGUCUGUGUCAGAGAGCAGGAGCAUUGAGGAGUUUCUCUGGAUCUUCAGGAGUUCAUCUUCAUUGGAGGUCAUAGUCAUUAAUCAGAGCCAGCGGUCACCUUCGCAAAUUUCAGACAGGAUGAAAUUUGGCGCCUUCUGUGGGAACUAUUUACCUGAAUCUGAAGCUACGAAGAUGGAGGAAGUUGAUAAACCCAACACUAUUACUAUCUCGCAAGAUGAUCUGGAGUUGCUCAUCAAUGCCAGAGUAUAG